GGUGAUGCUGAAUCAUACUUUUCAAUAAAGGCUUACUAAACUGGAAGUUCGGGUUGCAAAAUUCAAACGAAAAAAGGAAAUUAUAAAUUGUUACAAGCUUAAUUGGCUGCAAUUCGCUAAGAUACACGAGUGAUUAACGAUUUACUCAGCUAUUAGCUAGAAGGGUGAAAAUAAAAUUCAUUACAUACUCGUAUCCAAAAGCCAAAAAAAAAAAGUAUUUUCAUUGCGUUUAAAUACAGUUCAAGCACCGUUAAAUUCGGUCUAUAUUGCCAAAAUUAUCAUAGCAGCCAGAGAGGCGGUACUGAUACCAUAAAUCACAAUGGCUUUGGACUUUGUUGCGACGUAUAAAGUUCUGGUGCUCGGUGACUCUAAUGUGGGUAAAACGUGUAUAGUCCAUAGAUAUUGUGAUGAGAAAUACUACGAUACAUACAUUUCCACUAUAGGUAUCGAUUUCAAACAGAAACUCAUCAACUUGGAUGGAGUGCCAAUAAAGCUACAAAUUUGGGAUACAGCAGGACAAGAAAGAUUUCGAACGCUAACCACAGCUUAUUAUCGCGGAGCUAUGGGCAUACUACUGAUGUAUGAUGUGACGAACUUGGAGAGUUACAAUAACCUGUCAUAUUGGCUGCGAAAUAUUCAAGAGAACGCGUCACCGGAUGUUGUCAAAGUCUUGGUUGGCAACAAAUGCGAAUGUUCGGCAACGCAGCGAGCGGUUGACAAAGAAAGAGGCGAAAAAAUUGCUGAAAACUUCGAUAUGCCAUUCUUUGAGGUAUCCUGCAAAUGCAACAUAAACAUUGAGGAGGCUUUUCUAGCAUUGGCAAGAAAAAUCCGAGAACAGCGCGAACGCCGGGGUGAUAAUUUUGAUAACGACGAAAAGACACAAGACAAAAAAUCGCCCGGUUCCAACGGCUUAGGUACAUUCAGCUUGGCCAGCUUGUCCGAAGGCAAUCGUUGCUCCUGCUAAGCCGAACGGAAAUAUUCCACAUACUCCUAAGGAACAAUACGUCCAAUAGAGUGCUAUAGUGGAAUACUUCCAUGCAUACAUACAAACAUAUGUAUAUGUACGCCUAAGUAUACAAGUACAUACCACUGGGCGGGCAAGUGCAUUCAGUGUGAGUGUGGGAACGUUGGUUGGCUGGAUUUUGAAAUCAGGGAGACUCAGACGUACGUAUGUACUAUGUAUGUAUGAUUGUAUAUUUUGAAGGAACAAAGCCAAUUUAGUCAAAACUUAUGUAUAUUCCUCAGAGAAAUAAAUCGCUGUUUGAAUCUCAACGCUUCAUAUUUGUGGCAUAUGUACGUACUUUAAACCGUGUUUUUUGAAAUACCAUUAAUUAGGCGCUGGAGUAGUUAGUUACAUCCAUAAAUCAAUUGCCGUUUGGUUGCUAAUUUGAAAUGAAAAUUUACUCUUGAACAUACAUAUGUAAGUACAUAUGAGGCAAUGAGAGUCAGAGGAGCAUAUCUACAUACGAAAAAAUUUGUUUGAGUAAAUAAUAUGCGAAGGAAGGAUUUAUAAACACUAAAUAGCAGAACGUGAACAGGUUUUGAACCGAACCGGUUUUGAACCGGAAA